AUGCAAUCAAAACCCCAAGAAGUGGACAAAUAUUCUCGUGCAACUGAUGUAGUUCCGAUAUGGAAAUCGAAACGUGAUGGAAGCAAACCGGAGAAAUUCAAUGAAUGGAAAAUAUUUUAUUUUGAUAAAAUAUUAGCAGCCUGGAGAUUGGCCUUGUGUAUGUAUGCUGUUAUUGCUUACGAUCGAAACCGCGGAUUAAAAUGA